AUGCCUUCUCUUCUUGGGCAUGCAGAGGCCAACGGCACUGUGUCGGAGACCAAUGGCCACCACAGACCCGAGACGCCUGCCGGCCGAAUGGCCUUGACCGACUACAGCAUCAACCCCUCGCCGUCAUCGGAGGAAAAGAGAGCCAGACUGCGAAAAGCUGUGCCUGAAGAUUUGUUGCUUCCCAACGGAUAUCCCGACUAUCUUCGCAUGAUUGCCGGUGCCACCUCCAGAGUGUACGAAGCCUGCAAACUUACUCCCCUUACCCAAGCCGUCAACCUCAGCAACCGACUCGAAUGCAAUGUUCUCCUCAAGAGAGAAGAUACACAGCCCGUUUUCAGUUUCAAACUGCGCGGUGCAUAUAACAAAAUGGCGCACCUGGACCCUGCCCUCAGCUGGAAAGGUGUCGUCUGCUGUUCCGCCGGCAACCACGCUCAAGGCGUUGCCUACUCGGCGAGAAAACUCAAAAUCCCUGCGACCAUCAUCAUGCCCGAAGGAACACCUAGCAUCAAGCACAUGAAUGUCGCGAGACUAGGCGGUCACGUGGUGUUGCAUGGUGCCGACUUUGACGCUGCCAAGGAAGAGUGCGCCCGGCGAGAAAAGCAAGACGGCCUCAUCAACAUCCCACCCUUUGACGACCCAUAUGUCAUUGCCGGUCAGGGAACCAUUGGAAAUGAACUCUUUGGCCAGGUCAACAUGUCCAAGGUGGAGGCCAUCUUUUGCUGUGCUGGCGGCGGCGGCCUGAUUGCUGGAAUUGGCUACUAUGUGAAGCGCAUGGCUCCCCAUGUCAAGAUCAUUGGUGUCGAGGCAUACGAUGCCAAUGCUUUGGCUCAAUCAUUACGAAAAGGCGAGAGGGUUGUUCUCAGUGAGGUCGGCCUCUUCGCUGAUGGUGCUGCCGUCAAAACCCUUGGCGAAGAGACGUUCCGCAUCUGCCAGGAAGUCGUCGACGACGUUGUCGAGGUGACCACGGACGAGAUUUGCGCUGCCAUCAAGGACAUGUACGAUGAUACUCGCUCUGGUCUCGAACCUGCCGGAGCAUUGUCCAUUGCCGGCCUGAAGAAAUAUGUCUCUCAAAACCCAUCCCAAGAUCCCAACCGCACUCUCGUGGCCGUCACGUCCGGAGCAAACAUGAACUUUGACCGAUUCCGAUUCGUCGCCGAGCGUGCUGCUGUCGGUGAAGGCAAGGAAGUUCUCCUGGCCGUCACCAUCCCCGAGAGGCCCGGUGCGUUUGCCAAACUCGUUGACACCAUCAUGCCCUAUGCUGUUACCGAAUUCAACUAUCGCUAUGCCGACCAGGACGUUGCCAAUGUCAUGAUUGGUUUGUCCUUGACCGCCCCUGCUGUCAAGCGAAGCGAAGAGCUACGCAUGCUCAUAGAGCGCAUUCGAAACGAGGGCAUGACCAUAACCGACCUCUCUGGCGAUGAACUAGCCAAGAGCCACCUUCGAUACCUGGUUGGAGGUCGCUCUGGUGUCGCCAACGAGCGCUUGUACAUGUUUAGUUUCCCAGAGCGACCUGGAGCACUGGAGCGAUUCUUGAAAACCCUUCGACCCAGAUUCACCAUUAGCCUUUUCCACUACCGAAACUACGGUGGUGAUAUCGCCAAGGUUUUGGCCGGCAUCUCAUGUCCCGAAGAAGAUAGUGGGGAACUGGCUCAGUUCCUCAAAGAUGUCGAUUAUCCAUUCGAGGAAUGCACAAAUUCCGAAGUCUUCAAGACAUUCCUUAGGUCAUAA